AGUCCACUCUGCUAGUCAGCAAGCACGCGCGCACACACACACUCGACCGGCUCUCCACUUUUCCCCACCCGAAACCCUCGCGGCCGCCGCCGCACCAUGCCGCCGCCGCCGCCGGUGCUGCUGGACGAGCUCAUCGAGGAGGUGCUCCUCCGCAUCCCGCCGGACGAGCCCGCCCGCCUCUUCCGCGCCUCCGCCGUCUGCAAGCCCUGGCGCCGCAUCCUCGCCGGCCGGCGUUUUCGUCGCCGCUACCGCGAGUUCCACGGAACACCUCCCAUCCUGGGACUCUUCCAUCAGCGCGUCCGCUUCGUCCCCACCUCCGCCCUCCGCCCCGCCCAUUCCGGCCUCCCCGACUGGUUUGCCAUGGACUGCCGCCACGGCCGCGCCCUCUUCGCCCACAUCGCCAACGACGAGAGCACCCUUGACCUCAUCGUGUUGGACCCUGUGACGGGCCACCAGCGCCGCGUGCCCUGGCCCCAUGACGACUGGACCAAGUGCAGUGCGGCGGUGCUCUGCGCCGCACAAGGCUGCGACCACCACAGUUGCCAAGACGGCCAUUUCCUUGUGGCCUUCGUCGUGACCAAGAAGAAAAAAGUCUCAUUGGGCUGGCUCUACUCAUCCGAGACUCGCGUGUGGAGCAACCUCACCUCUGUUCAUCACCCCAAUGUCAAAUUUACCAAUGACUUUGGUGCGUCUAGCGUCCUUUUGGGCGACGCUCUCUACUUUAACGGUGGUCGCAUCAUGGAGUGCCAACUUGGUACGCUCCGCCUUUCAUCGUUCGAGAAGCCGAUCGAUCGUUAUGGGAUUCUCAUGACGGCGGAGGACGGUGGGCUGGGAUUCGCUGCUGUGGUGGAUGUUACAAAUCUAACACUAUGGUCGAGGGAGGCCGGACCCGAGGGAGCCAUGGGAUGGACACCACUCAGGGUGAUUGAUCUGAAGAUGCUACUCCCUGAUGUCGACCUCUCCAUCAGAAGUUUCGAAACAACUGAAUAUAUCCCAACAUUUGGAGGUGCGAUUUAUGAGUUUCCGUGUCCACGGGUGAGUGGCUUCGCGGAGGGCACACAUGUCAUUUUUGUUACCACAAGUGUUGGUUCCUACAUGGUCGAUCUCAAGACAGGGCGAGCCAGCAAGGUGUCUGAUCCUGGCAGACAAUUCUUUCCCUUCAUGAGCUUCUACAUCCCAGCAAUGGAAGCAGCUUCUACGGGCGAAGGGCAAUGAGUUGGUGUUUCAAGUGCUUGGAGAAAUGAUUGAAAUCAAACUUAUUUUGGCAUCAUAUCAAGAUCCUUUGAGGUCAAACCAGAUGAUAUGAAAAGGAGUAAAAAGGGGAGCGAAAGCAGCAUAUCAUCUAGGGCUGAGCUCACUGUGAAUUUGUGAUCAGAACAUCCUUGAAAUAUCGGGGACUGGGCAGCUCCCAUGAAGACUGCUUGGACCUGUUCGCGCGUAAACGUGGAGACUGAAGAACUACGCUGUGUCACCUUUUCUUCGCUUCACUGAAACAGAAGAGCACGCACUUGUUUUAGGAUAAGCUUUUAUGUAAAAUUGCAGUAAACCAUUAGCUUUUACUAUGUCACAAAGGAAAAACAUUCCUUUUGAGUUUUGACAUGCAAGAAGCUGGCAGGCCAGAUCUUGUGCACUCAGACGUCCUUGUGUUGUAAAUGUCUUCCCUGAGAAAAUGCACAGAGAUGACUAUAACCUGAUAUCUCCCUGAACAGAACUUAAC